AUGAAGCGCUUUGUGAGAACAUGGACUAAUCGCUCGAGCUCCAGCGACAGCGGCACCGAACACCGCGAAGACGCCCCCGAAGCCAUAAUCACGAAAGAAAUCACAGCAUUUUGCGAGUCGAGCGUGAAUGGCGCAUCGCAAGGAGCCGAAGUCGUCCACCUCCCUAAGAUCGUCGAAGCGGCCGAAUCCAGCCCAGAGGCAGCCAAAGAAGCAGCCUUGCGAAUUCGAAAAUACCUCGCCGACCCCGCUGGCACCGCCAACUCCACUCAGUACAAUGCGAUCAUGCUCAUGCGCAUCCUGGCCGACAACCCAGGCCCUACGUUCUCGCGGAACUUCGAUGCCAAAUUCGUGACGACGAUCAAAACGCUCCUGCGCACUGGUCGGGAUCUGCACGUCCAGGGCUACAUACGCCAGUACCUCGAUGCCCUCGAGCAGCAGCACUCAUGGGAUGAGAACCUUAAACUGCUGCUUGCGAUGUGGGCGAAGGAGAAAACAAAGACAUCCCGUGGACAUUACAACACCCCGCCUAUUCCACCCCGAUCGUAUAGUUCGCCUGGACAACCAUCUCGACCGGAUAGGAACGCACUACCAAAUCCAGAGGAAUUGGCGGCGCGAAUCGAAGAAGCUCGCAAUAGCGCAAAGCUACUCACGCAAUUCGUCCAAUCCACCCCGCCAAUCGAGCUGGAGGACAACGAUCUCGUGAAAGAGUUCCUCGACCGCUGCCAAACAGGCGCACGACUCAUCCAGGGCUUCAUUCAUGCGAACAAUCCUCCUCCAGACGAGGAUACGUUGCUAACGCUCAUUGAGACGAACGAUGAGAUCUCGGUGGCCAUUUCGCGCCAGCAGCGCGCAAUGCUGAAAGCCCGCAAACUCAGAGGGUCUUCGUCGCCUAGUUCGUCGAAUGUCAAUAGUCCUUUGCCGACGGCUGCGGGCGCUAAUGUACCUGCUGUACCUGCUGUAUCUGCACCUGCGCCCGCGCCAGUGCCUGCUGUUGCGCCUGCCCCUCCGCCACCGAGCACGCGCCCGGAUGCUGCGGUCGUGGAGCUUCCCAACACCGUCAUGACGGGUGGCCGUUUGCCUGGCUCUACUCCUACCAACCGGUAUGAGUAUAAUGCCGAGGAAUUCCAGGUGCGGAAUCCCUUUGCAGAUGAUUAUGCUACUGAGUCGGAUAGGCCGCAGGGUUCUCACCCUGAUCGAGUACGCUUCCAGCCUGCUGAGCAGGACCGUUAG